AUGGUUGCGUUCCAGGAUCUGGUCUGGUUCGUUAGCCAGCAGCUGGACAACGAGCAGAGGGACGACAUGGAACAAUUCAUUCGCCUGAAUCACGAUGCGUUUGCCUUAUCCCAAGUCGUUGUUGUCAACAACUCGGAUAUGCGAAUGACCCACUCGGCGGUCAGGCGCAACCAGAUGACCGUGAUCUUCACCACGGGCCUGCACGAUCCUAUCAUGGAGGUGGCCAACAAGGUGCUGCUGGGUAAGCACUUCUACCUCGCCGUCUUCAUGAUGAUGGGGAAGGUGGCGAACAUGGAGGCCAUCUACGAGAUCUGCCAGUUCCUCAAUGACAAUCAAUUUGAGAAUUCGCUAUUGUACUUCGAGUCGAUUGACGGCAUCAAUCAGAUAUACGGCGCAAGUCAAUAUCCAUCGUACGAGAUCGAGAAUCGCACCGACCUGCCGAAGUUCAUGCGGGCCAAGAUGAGCCAGGUGACGAAUGCCGUUCAUGACGUGGGCGGCUAUCGCUUUGCCACGCCCAUGCGCCAAGAUGCGCCGCAUCUGUUCCGAGUGGGCGACCGCUACGAGGGCAGCACCUAUCGCAUCAUCAGCACCUUUGUGGAGCACCUCAACGGGAGUUUCAAGGAGCUGGAACUGCCGCCAGACGCGCUCGGAGGUCGCGCAGUCAACAUGAAGCAAACGCUGCAGCUGGUGAGGGAUCGCCAGGUGCAGUUCGUUGCCCAUGCCUACGCCUUGUUCAUGCCGGACGACGACCUGGAGAAGAGCUAUCCCCUGCUGGUGGUGCCCUGGUGCUUGAUGGUGCCGCUCUACAACAGCGUCUCCACCUACUUCUAUGCGCUGCAGCCCUUCGACACGACCGUUUGGUUCUUUGUGCUGGCCGCCUUUGUGCUGCUCAGUUGGCUGGAGUUGCUGUGGCUGCGACUGGGGCACAGGAGGGGCCGUGGCUCAGCGGGAGUGACCACAGCGCUGCUGAACUCCUUCUGCUACAUCAUCAACAUAUCCACGGGCAGGCAGCUGCUGCAGCCCUCGCUGCUGCGCUUCCUGCUGCUGCUGGCCGUCUUCUUUCACGGCUUCUUCUUGUCGGCCAACUACACCUCUACCCUGGGCAGCAUUUUGACCGUGAACCUGUUCCAUGCUCAGCUCAAUACCAUGGACGAUCUGCUGCGCGCUCAGCUGCCUGUGAUGAUCAUCGACUACGAGAUGGAGUUUCUGCUCCAGCUGCACAAGGAGCUGCCGGCCGGCUUCAUCAAGCUGCUGCGCCCCGUGGACAGCGGAGUCUUUGCCCAGCACCAAAUGCAGUUCAACAGCUCGUUCGCCUAUUUCGUCACCGAGGACAGCUGGCAGUUCCUGGACGAGCAGCAGCGGCAUCUGAAGCAGCGCCAGUUCAAGUUCAGCGACAUCUGCUUCGGCUCCUUCCACUUGGCCUAUCCCAUGCAGCGCGACUGCUCGCUCUGGCGCGACCUCGAGUACUACACGUUCCGUGUUCACUCCUCCGGCCUGCUCAACUACUACGCCCGGCUCAGCUUCGAGUCGGCGCUGCAUGCGGGCAUCGUGCAGCGCCUGGAGGAGCACAACGAAUACGCAUCAGCGGGCCUGCAGCAUUUGGCCAUAGCAUUCAUUAUGCUGAUGACCAUGUCGGCUCUGGCCUUCAUCGUUUUCAUCAUCGAACUGCUAACGAGAUUCAAGUUUUAA